AUGAAAGAUUCGCUGCGUUCCAUCGUUCGCCGCCUGUACGAGUGCAACGCCCUCAAGUUUGGCCGCUUUACCCUCAAAUCGGGCAUUGAAUCGCCCAUCUACAUUGACCUUCGCGUGAUCAUCUCCCAGCCCGAUUUGCUGAUUGACAUUUGCAAGGAGCUUCACCACGUGAUUGUCGGCAGCGGGGCCAAGUAUGAUGUCAUCUGCGGCGUGCCGUACACGGCUCUGACGCUGGCCACGGCAAUCAGCACUCUUUACCCACUCAGUUCGCCAAUGGUGAUGCGACGAAAGGAGAUGAAAAACUAUGGCACAAAGCAGCUGCUGGAGGGCAUCUACCAGCCGGGACAAAAUGCACUCAUCAUUGAGGACCUCAUCAGCUCGGGCACUUCCAUUCUCGAGACGGCCCUGGUUAUCCAAGCGGCCGGUCUCCACGUGUCGGACGCUGUCGUCUUUAUCGACCGUGAGCAGAAUGGCAUCCGCAACCUCGAGUCGUACAAUAUCAACGUGCACUCGGUGGUCAAGCUGAGCGAGGUGAUGCACUUUCUCAACGAGUCGGGCUUCCUGCCUGACCAGCAGUUGUCCCAGGCAAUGGACUGGGUUCGCGCCAAUCCAUGUCACAUUUCACAAGUUGUCAAGAAUGACGUUGAGCUGGCCAAACUGGAAAAACCCAAGCCCCUCUGUCACGCUGCUCGAGGUCGAUUGGCCACACACCAGCUGACAAAACGACUCUUUAGUCUCAUGGAGCAAAAAAAGAGCAACCUCUGCGUCUCUGCCGACCUGACCAGCGCAGCAGACAUUCUCAAGUUGGCCGACCUGGUUGGCCCGUACAUUGUCAUGCUAAAGACGCACGUUGACAUUAUCGAGGACUUUUCACAGGAUUUUGUGCAUCAACUCUCCCAGCUGUCUGCCAAGCACGAUUUUGUGCUCUUUGAAGACCGCAAGUUUGCCGACAUUGGAAACACUGUCGCUCUGCAGUACUCAAAAGGCGUCUUUCACAUUGCUGACUGGGCCCACCUGGUCAACGCACACCUUUCACCGGGUCCAGCGCUGGUACAGGCGUUGAAGGCAGAAGCCGCCAAGCAGAGUGAACCUCGAGGCUGCAUUCUGAUUGCCCAGCUAAGCUCAGAGGGCAACCUGGUGCCGCCCGAGUAUGCCCGAGAAGCCUACAAGUGGGCCAACCAACAGGCCGACUUUGUCAUUGGCUUUAUCAGUCAGAAAAAGAUUACACAUGACCCAACGCUGCUGUGCUUUACUCCAGGCGUCAAGAUUGUGGCUAGUGAUGGCCAGGCUGGUGGUGACGGUCUCGGUCAACAGUACAACAGCCCUGAACAUGCCAUCAUCAACAAUGGCGCAGACGUCAUCAUUGUGGGACGAGGCAUCAUUUCGCUCCUAGACAAGCCAGAUGAGCUGAUUUCUACUGCAGAUUUGUACCGAAAGCGAGGAUAUGAUGCUUACCUCGAGACUCUGGAAAAUUGA